UUCCUCAUUUGUCAUCUGGUUGCGUUCAGCUCUCUCUCGACACCAAGUCAACAUGUUUGUCUUUGCGUUGUUUUCAGCGACCACCUGGACUCUGCUGGCUCUCUGCCUCACCCUGUUAUUACUGUAUGGCAUUUGGCCAUUUAGGUUUUUCAGAAAACAGGGAAUAGGCGGACCUAGGCCUCUGCCUUAUGUUGGAACUCUACUAUACUUCAAAAAGGGGCUUAUUUUUGACAAUGAGUGCCAAGACAAGUACGGGGAUGUGUGGGGGUUGUUCGAAGGACGAAAACCAGUGUUUAUGUUGUCAGACCCUGAGAUUAUUAAAACUGUGUUGGUGAAGGAGUGCUACUCUGUGUUUACCAACCGCAGGGAUAGCAUACUGGCAGGACCUAUGGAUGAUGCCAUUACGAACGUUAAAGACGAAAGGUGGAAAAGAAUUCGGAGCACUUUAUCGCCGUGCUUCACCAGUGGAAGAAUGAAACAGAUGUUCCCCAUCAUUGCACGCUAUGCAGACCGACUCAUUGAAAAACUGGGACAAACAAACUCGGAUGAACCCGUCGAUGUCAAACAAUUUUUGGCACCUUACAGUUUGGAUGUUGUGACCAGUGCAUCUUUCAGUGUCGAGGCAGACUCCAUGAACAAUCCAGAAGACCCAAUUAUUGUUCAUCUGAAGAAGAUUCUUAACUUCAACUUUUCCUUUGUAUUCUUAAUAUUAAUGUUUCCCUUUAGUGCCCGUCUGCUGAAGCUCCUGGAUAUUGACCUGAUGCCCAGACUCAGUGUGGAUUAUUUCUACAACAUCAUUAAGAGAUUGAAAGACCAGCAUCAUGCAGAUGAAUCUAUUCGAGCAGACUUCCUGCAGGUGAUGAUUCAGAACGAGAUACCAGAAUCAGAGACUAAGAAUGAACAAGAUCAGCCAAGUAAAGGUUUGACUGAACACGAGAUACUUUCCCAGGCCUUCAUUUUCAUCUUUGGUGGCUAUGAGACCACCAGUGUUACUCUCAGUUACCUCCUUUACAACCUGGCCGUCAACCCUGAUGCGUUGCAGACCCUGCAUGAAGAAAUCGAUGCCAGCAUACCGAGAGAUUCUCCCAUUUCAUACGAGGAUCUUGUGGGUCUGCAGUAUCUGGACCAGGUUCUUGCUGAGUCACAGCGUUUGACGCCCACUGCCCCUCGGCUUGAGAGGAUGUGCAAAAAAACUGUUGAGAUCCAUGGCUUCACCAUCCCUUCAGGAACUCUGGUUGGGAUUCCUGUGCAUUUGUUACACAAGGACCCACGCUUUUGGAGCUCACCUGAGCUUUUCAGACCAGAAAGGUUCAGUAAAGACAGCGGGGAGGAGGUGAACCCGUACGCCUACAUGCCGUUCGGGCUCGGGCCUCGUAACUGCAUUGGGAUGCGCUUCGCUAUCCUCGUCAUGAAGAUGGUCGUUGUCCGUCUCCUGCAGAGUUACACUUUGGAAACAUGCAAAGACACCGUGAUUCCAAUAGAGUUUGACUGGAAGUUUCAGCCAAAAAAGCCAGUGAAACUCAGUUUUGUUCCCAGACAGAAGUAGUCCACGAGGGAGCAUCUCCAAACAUCCCUUGCCUCUGAAUUCCUGUCAAGCUCAUUAUGUUGUAGUUUUUGUUUUAACACGUAGCGACUGCUAACAGGAAGACAAAGUUUGUAGUUCAAGCUUGAUACUAUUGAAACUUAAAAUGCCUUGAACAUCAGAUUUUUCUAACAAUGUUGCUGAAUCAAAUGUGUUUUAUUCACUUCUAUUAUAAAAUAAGAUGAACUUUAUUGAUCUUACAGCAGGGAAAUUCAGCAGAGGAAAAGAGCGACUGAGUGAUAAAUAAAACUAUAUACACCAUAUAUAUAUCUUUCACAAUGAUUGGAUUAUUACACACACAGGCUUAAUUGUAAUACACACAUAAUCUGUAGUAUUAUACUAAUAAUACUCAAGAUAUUGCCUGUAAAUUUGGAUUGGAUUCCACAGGAUACAAAUUGCACAGGAGAACUGCACAGCAUAAAUAUAUAGAUACUGUGUGUGCAUGUGUGAGGAAAUAUAUUGUAUAUAGACAUAUAUAUAUGCUUUCUCUGUUUUUCUUUAAGUUGUCUGUGUAAUUUUACCAUGGCUUCAUGUUUGCAAAAUGCAAAAAUACAUAACUUUUUAAAAUCUUUUUAUGGUACAUAAUGUUAUCAAGACUCACCUGGACUGUCUUUUGUUCAAUAUGUAUCCUGGAUAUGUGACUAGAUAGAGGAACAGUAACUGUUAGGACAACGCACAAUACUUGGAUAAUUCCUACAAGACUCAUUGGCAAAUGAAAGAUAUUCCUGAAUGACUUUUUUGUCACAGAGUGUACAAUAAAUUGAUUCAAACACC